AACAGUAGUAUUAGUGUUUCGUUUGGUUCCAAUUUCUAUUCCUUGUCGUUUUGAGCAACAGCUUGGACUCAAGUGGGUCAAACACUAGUACCACGUUGGCUGAUUGCUGUUUAGUUCUAGAAAAAAUUCAUGUCAUGCAUGACGUUGAAUUUGCUAUGACAGAAUGAAUACGACGGGUUUGAUUGUUUGAGUUAAACUAGUUAACUUUAUUUUAAUUACCUUUUGAUGGGGGGUUUUCUGCUGAUCUUUUUUCUAUUUUGACCUGCUGACACAAAAACUCUAGUGUGAAUCUGGUUAGAGGUUGAGAGCUUUAUUUUACUAGCAAAGUUUAGCACCAUUUCUGCCAAGGGAAGCCUUGCUGUCUGCUCUGCAGAUGGCAACAUAGAUGCUGUUUUUGUUUCUGCAGACUGCUGAUGCUGUUACAUUUUUUCAUCAUUUUUGGGACAGAGGAAGAGAGUAUUUGAAGUUUGAGAUUGGAAUCAGAUUAGGAUUGUAGAAAUAGCUGCAUGUCUCUUGUUUGAUGAUAAGUGGCAUCGAACUAAUGUUUUUGCAGAGAACUUUUCUUUUAUCAUUUGACUGCAAGAGAUAAAUGAAAAUGGACAUAUACGAGCCAUUUCAGCAAGUUGGCAUGUGGGGUGACGCCUUUAAAGUUGAUGGUGGCCUGAAUUCAAUUGCUUCCCCAAUAUUAAUGGUUGACACUAAUGUCGAGACCCAGUCUGAAUAUAUUCCUCAAGAAUCAAGAGAGCCUUCUGGAGCCGAUCAAGAGACCACAGACAAAGAUGCUAAUAAGAUGAGAAGACGUCUAGCUCAGAAUAGAGAGGCUGCUCGGAAAAGUCGGUUGAGGAAAAAGGCGUAUGUUAAACAGUUAGAAUCAAGCCGCAUGAAGCUCGUGCAAUUGGAGCUGGAAAUUGGGAAAGCAAGAAAGCAGGGUCUGUACAUGGGCACUGCAUUAGAUGCCAGCUAUAUAGGAUCAACAUCAGAAACAAUAAACCCAGUUAUUGUUGCAUUUGAAAUUGAAUAUGGACAAUGGGUUGAAGAGCAACAUAGGCGGAAUGAAGAGCUUAGACAUGCAUUUCAAACUCAAGCACCUGAUGUUCAGCUGAAUGCAGUGGUUCAGAGUGUCUUAAACCAUUACUCAAAUCUCUUCAGAAUGAAAGCAGAUGCUGCAAAGGCUGAUGUUCUGUAUUUACUCUCUGGUGUGUGGAAAGCAUCAGUGGAGCGCAUCUUCCUUUGGAUUGGAGGGUCCCGUCCUUCACAGCUUCUAAACAUUAUCGUACCACAACUUGAGCCUUUGACUGAUCAACAAAUUGUUGGUAUUAAAAAUCUCCGCCAAUCAUCUCAGCAAGCUGAAGAUGCUCUUUCACAGGGAUUGGAAAAACUUCAGCAGAGUUUGGUCCUUGACAUGGCAGUUGAUCCAUUGGGUGUAGGAAACUUCGGACUUCAGAUGGCUCUUGCUAUAGACAAAUUUGAGGCACUAGAAGGUUUUGUAAGCCAGGCAGAUCACCUUAGACAACAAACUCUGCUUCACAUGUCACGCAUACUCUCAACUCAUCAAGCUGCUCGUGGCUUGCUGGCUCUUGGGGAAUACUUUCACCGUGUUCGCACUCUUUGCUCUCUUUGGAAUUCUCGUCCAUGUGAACUUCCCUAGUUUCCUUAAAGGAAGAAACAUGUACCUCGUACUGCAUAACUUCAACUGGACGAUCUGUUAUGUGCUCUGCAGAACUGUUUCUGAGUUUUGGAUAUGAAUGUAUGAUUAUCAAAAGUUAGUGUACUACCAGGAAGCAAAUUAUGUGAUUUGCUGCUGUAGCUGUAGAGAGUAUGAUUGUACAUAAACAGUGUAUCAUCUGAAGUGCUAUAUCACUAUGAGAAUCUUUCUGCUAUCUUAGAAGAAACUUUAUUACUUUA